AGAAAGUGACAUCUCGCUCUAUAUAAAGGAGGAGGAAGAAAAGAAACUCCUCACAUGCAGAGCUGCUCCAUCAGGAGAAGGGCAAUCAAUAUUGUCUAAGAAGUUUUCAGGCCAAUCUCACACAUCCGACCUUGCAGGAAGUUGAAGAGGAAAACGUUCAACGAUCCAGAACGAUCUACUCUCUUGACCUACUCUCAGAAAGUUAGACAUUUCCCUUUUGUAGGAAAAACAUAACUGCAUUUGUCACCUUAUAUCCAUGGCUUACACACUGAGGAUGAGGGGAGAAGUCGUUGAACUAUCAUCAGACAGCUCUGAUGAUUAUUCCAAUUCUGAUUCCGACCCAACUUUCAUGAUCAACACUCGCCCCCAAAGAACCAGGUACGACAGUGACCCCGAUUAUCAAGUGCCUCGACCUCGAAGAAGGCUGCAGCCACGGACGUACCAAUCUCUUCUCAGUCCAAUCCCAAGAAAAAUUGAAAUGAGGACUAGGGCAGGAAUUGGGUCUUCCAGGGACAGAUCAAUGUCAAGUGGUACUAAUGAUCCCAGAAGGCAAACCCGGGGUCGCCCUCGAAGGGCUAGGAACUAUGAUGGAGGGGAGCAGCUGGAGCUGCUGAAUACCCUAGUCCCGCGAAGAUCUCGCGGACAGAGAAGAAGGCCACCACCAUCAGCUUGGAGCUCCAACAUCGACGAGAGGAGGUCCCGUGCGAAGCAACGGACCGUCCUAGAGUGGCUGAUUGAUUCAAAUAUGAUGGUAGAGAAUGAGAGGGUUUGUUACCUGGACAUAAUUGGAGGGAGGUGGAUAGCGCUCAAUGGCAUUGCCACCAAGGGCGGCAUUCUGUGCAGCUGCUGCGAUAGGGUGGUAACAGUGGUGGAAUUUGAGUAUCAUGGCCGUGUACGCUUUGGCAUACCCAACAAGAAUAUUGAAAUGCCCUAUGGGAAAGUGUAUACGGCAAGCCUGCGUGCUUCCCUCCUGUAUUGCCAAACACGGGCAUGGACUAGGGAGCAGAUACGGACUAGGUGCGGGUUCAAUAACAUAAGGCCACAAGACGGGGUGGAGGACAAGCACGAUGAUGCCUGUAUCGUGUGCGCAGAUGGGGGCGAUCUCAUCUGCUGCGAGAGUUGUCCUUCCACAUUCCAUAAGAGCUGCAUCGAUUUGCCGAUGGUUCCUAUAGGGGAAUGGUACUGUCCUUACUGCUACUGCAAGUUCUGCAAGGAAAGCAGCAGUCCCCACCUAAUGACAUGCUCUCUGUGCUUGAAGAAAUUCUGUGCACAUCACCCGACAUGCAUAAAAGCAGACAGAAACUUCCCUUACCCACACCCCUCAUUUUGCACACUGACCUGCAGACAGCUAUACAAGAGCCUGGAGGACCUUGUUGGAAUCACAAAUGAGCUGGGUGAAGGACUUACAUGGACUCUGCUUCGACGUAUGAACAUUCUUGAUUCACACACAUUCAAAGAAGUGUAUUUCAACACAAUGUGCAAUUCCAAGCUUGCAGUUGCAUCGAGCGUGAUAGAAGAGUGUUUCAUGCCCAUAAUUGACAGGCAAACUAAUGUUAAUAUCAUAAAAAGUGUGGUUUACAAUUGUGGUUCGAACUAUGCCCGGGUCAACUUCACUGGUUUCUAUACUGCAAUUCUGGAGAAGGGUGAUGAAAUCGUUACUGCAGCAACCCUGAGGGUUCAUGGGACCAAGUUCGCUGAGAUGCCCUUCAUUGCGACCAGGGACAGCUAUAGGUGCCAAGGAAUGUGCAGCAAGCUAAUGCUUUCAAUUGAAUCAACUCUUCGCCUCCGUGGAGUUGAAAACCUGGUCAUUCCAUCCAUCCCUCAACGUGUCAAUAAAUGGAAUCGAUGUGGUUUCCACCCCCUUCAGGAUGGCUUGAAGAAAGAAAUGAAGAAUUUCAACUCCCUUAUGUUCCCUCAGGCCAUCAAAUUACAGAAGCUCUUACUACUUAACAUACCACCAGCAACCACUGGAGGUAAACACCUCUCUCUCUCUCUCUCUCUCUCUCUCUCAUCAAACAACUUAUUUAAUUUACCUGCGCAGCUGCAGAUAACUUUCCAAAUGAGGCGAGUGUGCAAAAUGAACCCAGAAGACGCCCACUCUUCGACUUAAAUCUCAUGCCUGCUGAAGAGGAUGAGAUGAAUGAUCACAGUGGAAUAACCUAUCAGAACUACUAAGCACUCUGCGGUGCAGCGCAGGGGCAGCCAGUGUUCCAGUCCCCUUGCCGUUUUGAGGUUUUGCCCAGUAACUCUUUCAGAGAGUUUCUGGUUAUUGUGGAUUCUCCACUAUGUAUGGUUAUUAUGUAUGCAACUCCUAGCAGCAUGUGACUGUUCUAAGUUUAGUUUUUCCUAAAGUACUUGAAAACUAAGACUAUUGCUGCAACCAAGCCAAAUAGCCAGGCAUACCCGACAGGGAAGUAGAUGCCAUGGUAAGCUACUGAAUGGUACCUGGUUGCAGAGCAUAUUUUAUGUUGUGUGUUAAAUGACCUAAACCUAUAUCAUCGGCCAUGCUUUUAUAUCUAAA